AUGGUCCUCAAACUGGGCAAGCUAAGCCUCGAGCUGCGGCUUCUAAAAGCGUUAGGUCCGCUGGUUAACUGUUCCUUGAUCUUUGUGGUUGAAGGAGUACGGGGCAAUGGGCUUGUGGUGCGCGAAUUUGUCCUGUUCAGAGGUUGCGCUAGCUACAUGGGUGCUGAUGACGAGGACACAGGCCAUGGGGAUAGACUGCGAACUGGUCAUGAUGAUUCCGUUCUCAUCUACGCGCUGUUCGGCCUUUUCGGUUCUUGUAGCGCCGAUUCCCACCGGGAGUCCGAGAGCGGAUGA